UCUUCAACAAAGCGAAGGGAAAAGCUCAGUCUGGACUGUCGAAUACCCAAUCACGACAAUUCGUGCGUGCAUCGCAAACGACGUCGUAGAAGCCGAUACAGAAGCCAUAGCCUGACGGAGAUCGGAGCUAAAAUGGCUUUGAAUUUGGGAUUCGUGGUUGGCAUCCUUGGAGUUGUAAUUCUCUCCCAUGCCGCUUAUUCAACCGUUCAAUACAGGGGAUUGUUGAAGAUUAUGGAGGAAGAGUUUUCAGGACCUCCACUGAAUGUGGUUGUUGAAUUGCUUCUAGGGUUAGUGUUAUGUAUGUGGGCAGCUCUUACUGUCCCCGGCACGUUUCUUUCAAUACAUCCCCAUUCUGAAGAGAAUAGGAUUGUUUCUCUACCAGCCAACCUAGACUUUAUGAUCUUCAACCAUCGUGCCAGAGUGUUCCCCGUGGAGAUGGAUUUGAACUUGAAACAUUGAGGUCUUUUCAAUCAAGUGAAGUAGGUGUAUUCAAGCGGGGCAUUGAUUUCAGUUUUUUUUCUGGCCUAUAGUGAGAGCGGCAGCAUUUGGCAGAUCACUGCUGUUUCUGCAUUUGGCAGAUCACUGCUGUUUCUGCAUUUGGCAAAUCAUGAAUUCACUGUUUCUAUACAUGUUUUAGUUUUCUUGGAUUAUGUUGUAUUUUCUCUUCACAUAUGUAGCUUCUUGACCAGAUAGCUGCUGACUUUGUUGUUGCCCUCGCCUAGCCAUUUGAAGUAAUUUAAACUUUGAGGUGAUUGAGAGCUUUCUAUUUAUAAUUCCAGUGGACCCAUGAUAGCAGCUAGGCCUGCUUGUGCUUGUGAAAUGUAGUAAUAAAUUUACAGAUAACUUAGCCUCC